AUGGAGAGCAAUCGUGAUGAAGCCUUGCGUUGUGUGGACAUUGCGCGUAAUGCACUGGCUGAGGGAAAAUUAGACCGAGCUGAGAAGUUCUUGCAGAAAGCUGAACGUUUGUACCAGACCAAAGAUGCGAAGGAACUGCUGGAGAAGCUGAAAGGGUGCAACAAGGAAAACCAGCCUUCUGCUGAGGAAAACACCGGACCAUACAAGCGUCAUGAGAAGAAAUCCACCAGCAAUGCUGACUCGGCAAAAUCAACAGAGGUGGAGUACACCAGUGAUCAGCUGGAGGCCGUGAAGAAGGUGAAAAAGUGCAAGGAUUACUAUGAAGUGCUGGGCGUUUCGAAGGACGCCACAGAUUCUGAGAUAAAGAAGGCGUAUAAGAAGUUGGCCCUGCAGCUGCAUCCGGACAAGAAUAAGGCUCCGGGCUCUGUGGAGGCGUUCAAGGCCGUGGGCAAUGCGGCAGCGAUACUCACCGAUGCCGAAAAGAGGAAGUCAUACGAUUUGUAUGGCGAGCAAACGCACUCAGGACGUGCUGAGCACGCGGCUCACAAUUACAGCGGUUUUCAAUUUGGCGGAUACUCGCGCGGAUUUGAUUCUGAGUACACGCCGGAGGAAAUCUUCUCCAUGUUCUUCGGCGGCAGCUUUCCCCAGCAGAAUGUGUACAUGCGCCAGCGUCGAUAUCAGCGAACCGGCGAGAAUCACGCCCAGCGAGAGCAACAGAACAGCUAUGCAGCCUUGAUUAAUCUUCUGCCAAUCCUACUGCUAAUUAUGCUGUCCAUGAUGUCUUCGUUCUUCAUUUCUGAUCCCAUUUACAGCUUGCAACCAAACCAAAAAUAUUCAGUGAUGCGGAAGACUGCCAAUUGGAAAGUGGCUUAUUAUGUGAAAGACAAUUUUCACUCGGAAUAUCAAGGAUCGGUCAGUCGUCUGGAGACGGCGGUCGAGGAGGAGUACUAUCAAAACCUGAAGCACAAGUGUUUCAGGGAACGGCAAUACAAAGAGUCAAUGAUUAUGAAGGCGCGCAACUUUGGUGAUGCGAAUAUGUACAGAAAAGCACAAAACACAGCGACUCCUUCAUGUGAUGAUUUGCAAAAGCUCCAGAGCUACUGAGGGUUGCGAGGGAGGAUUUAAAGAGUGGUUGCCAUUGAAAAAAGUUGUUUUGUCGGAGAGAUUAUCACAGAUUCAUGACGGUUGUCCAGAUAUUCUUAUUUUCAUGGUCAGAAUUUUACUACGGCUGUAUGGUUUAAUUUAAUGUUAUUCAUAAAAUAAAGUGUUACAAAAUCUCCCUGGAUAUCGUUGUGAUCAUUCCU